GAUGCUACAUACAUGGACUGUACUUGGAAGGAGCAGCCUGGGAUUUAGAAAGGAAGCAGAUAAUGAGACAACCUCCGAAACAGCUGAUUCAGCCAUUGCCUGUGUUGAAGAUCAUACCCAUAGAGGCUCACAGGCUGAAACUGCAGAACACCUUCCGUACCCCAGUGUACGUGACAUCGACUAGACGUAAUGCCAUGGGAGUCGGAUUAGUGUUUGAAGCUGACCUGGCCACCAAGGAACACAUCUCUCAUUGGGUCCUCCAAGGCCUCUGCCUCAUUCUCAACACUGACUAA